AUGCGCAGAAGCGGAGACAACGUGUCAGAGGCGCCCAUGGGGCCCCAGGGCGCUCGCGUAGCCCCGCCCUCCUCGCUAAGCCGCCAAUGGGCUCUCAGGAUCCGCCCCUGACGACGCGGGCCCCGCCCCUGGAGACGCGCGCUGCGAAGUCGUCACCUGUCGGGGAGCUGGAGGCCGGGGGCGCCCGCCGGUCGGGCCUGGGGUCCGCGGCGCGGCCGCCAUGAAGCUGACGCGGAAAAUGGUCCUGACCCGGGCCAAGGCGUCGGAGCUGCACAGCGUGCGCAAGCUCAACUGCUGGGGCAGCCGCCUCACAGAUAUCUCCAUUUGCCGGGAGAUGCCCAGCCUGGAGGUGAUCACGCUCAGUGUCAACAGCAUCUCCACCCUGGAGCCUGUGAGCCGGUGCCAGCGCCUGAGCGAGCUGUAUCUGCGGAGGAACCGCAUCCCCAGCCUGGCCGAACUCUUCUACCUGAAGGGGCUGCCGCGCCUGCGGGUGCUGUGGCUGGCCGAGAACCCGUGCUGCGGCGCCAGCCCUCACCGCUACCGCAUGACCGUGCUGCGCACCCUGCCGCGCCUGCAGAAGCUGGACAACCAGGCUGUGACAGAGGAGGAGCUGUCCCGCGCACUGAUGGAGGGAGAGGAGAUCACCGCCGCCCCGGAGGGAGAGGGCAUGGGCAACGGCUGCCCCAAGCCGGGCUUCGCGCUGAGCUCCCUCAGCUCUGCCGCCGAGACUGGCCAGGACUCUCUGGAUGGCGAGGAGGAGGCAAUCAGCGUCCAGGGUGAGCUUGGCCUGAAUCCCUGUUCCCAGGACCAGUUUCCUUCCUUCUUACCCAGGGAUACUUCGAGCAGCCACAGGAGCAGGAACGUCCUGACCGCGAUUCUACUGCUGCUGCGGGAGCUGGACGCCGAGGGGCUGGAGGCCGUACAGCAGACGGUGAGCGGCCGGCUGCAGGCCCUGCACGGGCAGGAGGUGCAGGAGCAGGCCGAGGGACCACCCACAGGACCUGAGCACGUGCCACACUCCGUGGGAAUCCCAGCGUCUUCCCCAGCCCCCAGGAGCUGGAGGGCAGCUACCACAGCCAAAGCCCCGGCCCCACACAGAAGCCUCCCGCUGGAGGGGUGUUAGGUGCUGGCUGCCGGCCGAGGCGGCAGAGACGCCUGUCCACACCAGGAUGUCCCCAGGACUCCCCUUCUGUGGUCAGGAGGGUCU